AUGUUUUCAUAUGUGAUUCCCAAUAUUCCUGUCAAUGCUCAAUGGCAACAAAACGGCAUCACUGUGGCUGGAGGAAAUGAACGAGGCAAUGCAGUCAAUCAACUCUUUUCCCCAUGGGGUUUAUAUGUUGAUGAUGAUCAAACUGUCUAUGUAGCUGAUCAGUUGAAUCAUCGUAUAAUGAAAUGGGCAUUGGGUGCGACGAGUGGUCAAGUAGUUGCCGGUGGAAAUGGACAAGGAAGUGGAGCUCAUCAGUUGUCUAGCCCAUUCGAUGUGAUCGUCGACAAAGACACUGAUAGUCUCAUCAUCUGUGAUUAUUCGAAUAGAAGAGUGGUUCGAUGGCCUCGUCGAAAUGGAACAAGUGGAGAAACGAUCAUCUCCAACAUCGAUUGUCGGAGUUUGAAAAUGGACGAGAAUGGAUCUCUCUAUGUCACUGACGUUGGAAAAGAUGAAGUGAGACGAUAUCGAAGAGGAGAAUCUGAAGGAACAGUAGUUGCAGGUGGAAAUGGACGUGGAGAUCGUCUCGAUCAACUCUCUGACCCCCAAUACGUAUUCAUCGAUCGAGAUCAUUCAGUGUACGUGUCUGAAUGGGGAAAUCGUCGUGUGAUGAAAUGGGUGGAAGGUGCAAAACAAGGCAUUAUCGUGGCUGGUGGUCAAGGAGAAGGAAAUGGUCUCGAACAACUUUCACGUCCUCUAGGAGUCGUUGUCGAUCAAUUGGGCACUGUCUAUGUGACUGAUGGAGGGAAUGCUCGAAUCAUUCGUUGGCCCAUAGGAGUCACACAGGCAAGUGUCAUUGUUGGUGGAAACGGUGCAGGAGGACGAUCGAACCAACUCUAUGGUCCCGUCGGUUUGUCAUUCGAUCGACACGGCAAUCUUUAUGUCGUUGAUUGGGGAAAUCAACGAGUACAAAGAUUCAACUUGGAAUUCAAUAGUUGA